CAACUGUACAGCAUGUGCUUACAAAAACAAGAGCUUGACCGUUCACCGACACUUCUCUCGACACUCGACAUCUAACGCUACGACGCCAUCUUAUUCUUCUCGCAUUUAUCUAGCAUUAUUAAGAGUGAAGACACUCGUUGAAACAGAGGGGAAGCCGAAGAGAGUCAACGAUGAGCGGAGCCAAAGCCCGCAGCGACGCGCCUGUUGCUGAAAAUGUCCCCGGCGGCGGACACAGCACUGCGGCUCCUCCGCGGGACCGCAAGCCUGGCGGGGGGGUUCUGAAGAGGCUCAAGUCCCGGCGGGGCCAGGUGGACAGCAGGCCCGUCACGGAGGAAGACCUGCGGACACAAAGUGGACACAUCACUCCGGAGGAUGUGUUAGGACUGCGGGUGGCGACGCAAGGGUACCUCUGUAAACCCGAGGACAAUAUUUAUAACAUCGACUUUGUACGCUUUAAGAUCAGAGACCUGGAGACAGGCACUGUCCUGUUUGAAAUUGCCAAACCCCCACACACAGAGGACGAAGAGGAGAACAGAGAGGCAGACGCCAGCGCAGGCCGAUUCGUACGCUACCAGUUCACCCCAGCCUUCCUGCGACUGAGGACCGUGGGAGCUACGGUGGAAUUCACAGUUGGAAACCGGCCUUUAAGCAACUUCCGCAUGAUCGAGAGGCACUACUUCCGCGAUCACCUGCUGAAGAGCUUCGACUUUGACUUUGGCUUCUGUAUCCCAAACAGCCGUAACACCUGUGAGCACAUCUAUGAGUUCCCUCAGCUGUCUGAGAGCCUGGUCCGUCAGAUGGUGGAGUGUCCUUAUGAGACCCGGUCAGACAGCUUCUAUUUCGUCGAGAACAGACUGGUCAUGCACAACAAGGCAGACUAUGCUUAUAAUGGAGGACAGUGAUAUCUGCCUGCUAUCAUGCAGAAAUACCCACCAACAUUUGCAUGCACACUCAUGUUCUCACAUUUACAGACACACAUAUACACAUCUGUUGUAUACACACACACACACGCAUGCACGUAGCUGAACACACAUAUAGUUCAUUCACUCAUACAUGCACAAGCAGCUACAGACACGGUUGAAUUGCCUCUUAUGUUUGUAAAAGAUGAAUUG